CCACCACCAUCGCCGCCCAUUCCUACCCUGUCGCAGCCACACACACCCGCCGCACCCUCUCGUGCACCCUGCUCUGCGCCGCACAGUGCACCAUGCCCGCUGCGGGCGUCUAGCUCUCUCUGUCGUUGCCACUCGUCCUCUCGCAUGUCUGCGCCCUACUCGGUCACGGCCGCCGGCGCUGCGGACGCGGCCGCGCUGCUCGACGGCGCCGCAGACCCGUACGCCACGCUGCGCUCGUCGCGCCUUGCUCGCCCGAAGUACCGCUGGUCCACCUGGACUGCCGACACGACGCUCCUGUCGGUGGAGGAUGAGGACACGGGCGCAUGCCACGUCGCCGGCAAGGAGGCGCUCGCCGCCAAAGAGGCGCAUGUCGCGCAGCUGUGGGACAGUGAGGCCGCGACGCAGCCCACACCCGCAUCGCUGCACUGUCGCCGCUCUGCCAAUGCCUCGUCUGGCGAGACCGAGGUCGACGGACCCUUCGACUCGUCCUCGUCCACCUCGGCCUCGCGCUCGUCCGCUGGCCUUUCCGACACGGAGGGGUCGUCGGCCGCACCCGCCGCGUCUCGACGCGCGGCCAGCAACGGCGCCCCUGACGCUUCUUCCAGCUCUCCGUGCGGCUCGCCGACGAGCGAUGGCGCGUUUCCUGACCACCUACUCGAUGCUGCGCUGGAGUCUACCAGCCUAGCUCUCGAGCAGGCUACCGCCUUGCUGCAGUCGACGAUCAGCGCACGCGCGGGCUUUGCGCGCAUGCGUGCCGCCGAGGCCGCGCUCGACGAGUCGCUCGACGUGCGAGAGGUCCGUCUGCGGCAGCAGAUCAUUGCCAGUGAUGAGGCCCGCGGCUGGGUGGCUCGUGCAUGUGCGGACCUGGCCGCGUUGGGAGUCGAGCCUCGCCGUGCAGUGGCACCGCGUGCUUCGUCGUGGCGCAUGCCGAGCACCGGCAGCGCUGUCGCGCCCGUGGCCUCGACGGGCCAGAGUGCCGGCGCCGGCUGGCUCGACCACAAGGACGAAGACGCGACAGUCGGCAAGUCUGCCGCCAAGAGGCUGGAGCGCGUCCUCUCUACUGCGACAGUGCCCACGACACGACCAGCAGAGGCCGGGGACGGCGCUGUCGUGCCUGCCGCCCCUUCGCAUAGCAGGCAAGCGAGCGGCGCGAGAGACGCACUCGCGCUUCUUGCUGGUGCUUCGGCCGCCGCACGCAGUGCUGGCGGCGCCGCUAUGGAUCGCUCCUCAUCCUCAUCGUCGUCCUCCGGAUCUGUUUCGCCAGCCGCCUCUGCAGCAUGCUCUCCGGCGCGGCCCAGCGCGGCGCGCAAGCCGCGCUCGUCGCUCCGGCUGCCCCUGUCUGGCCUCGGUCUCGGAGCAAGCGUGAGCGGGCCCACGGUGCAGACUUCCUCCGCGUACUUGUCUGCCGCGGAGGCGGGGCCGCUCUCGGCUGCCUCGACUUCGUCGGAGAUGAGCUUCGCCUCUGCACAAUCGCACAGCAUGGCGCAAGACAGACUGGGCUUCCCCUUUACCUCGCACACGUCCGCGGCCACCUCAUCAGAGCACGAAGCGGGACCGUCGUCCGCGACGAGGCCACGUCCUAGCUCUCGAGCGAGCAUCGCUUCACUGCAGAGCCUGGCGAGCAUCGACGAAGCUCACGCGGGCUACUUUGCUGCGGCCGCUCUUCCCCGGACUUGCUCCGAUGCGACGGGCAGCGGCAGUCGCAACAGCAGCACGCGCCUUGUAGGAGAACGCGGCGGCUACCGCUCCGUCAGCGCCUCUAGCUCGACGACACUCUACGCCCCUCCGGCACGCGCCUUGUCUGCACUCAACGACAGAGCUGGUCUGCCAUCUCGCGACCACGCAGAACAGAGCACUGCCUCGCUCCUCCUGACGCCUCCGUCGCAAAGCCUUGACGCCUUCGCGUCGCCCACGCCCAGCCUCGACGGGUCUCACAGUGGUCGAGCGCAGCUGUCUUCGGUACGCUCCCCGAGCCUGGCGCGGCCUCGGCGACCGGGGCAUAGUGCGUCAUCCUCGUUCUCAGACGCUCACGGCAGCGGCCGCUUCCGCUCGUCUAGCGCCGACGGCGCCUCGUCGUCCGAGGAGGAAGGCGCGGUGCGCAGGCGGCGCAAGAGAGAGAGCAGCCAUCGCGACCGCGGCGCACUCGCUGCGCUGCGCCGCCUGAACUCGGUGCCGGGCGAGGAGGGCGACACCUCUACGGCCAGCGCCGCCUCUGCUGCCGCACAGACGCCAGUGCCGGCUGCUGCAGGCAAUGGCUGGGGCGGUACGCUCGCCUCUUGGCUCGGAGCAAGCUCGCGCGCAGGCGCAGGCGACGAAGACGUGGUGUGAGGCCACGCUUUGCGCCUUGCCGAUCCCCUACUACCCCAUCGAGCCAGCUGCGCGGCACUCUGCCCGCGCCUGCUCUACCUUCCUUCAUACCCUCCUCAAACCAUAUUGUGGCUCUGCGCACCGCCACGAAGACUGAGCAUCGCGACGCGAAACAGGACAGAGCAGAACGUGAUAAUU